AGCGCCGGAUACGGCCCGGCUCCGAACUUUCCAGAAGAGUCGGGAGCGGAGCGGGGCUGUGUGGGCAGAGCGGGCAGUGAGGGCCCAACAUGGUGAAGGAGACCAGGUACUACGAUGUGCUGGGCGUCAGCCCCAACGCCUCGGCUGAGGAGCUGAAGAAGGCGUACCGCAAGCUGGCCCUGAAGUACCACCCCGAUAAGAACCCCAAUGAGGGAGAGAAGUUCAAACAGAUCUCACAGGCCUAUGAGGUGCUGUCCGACCCCAAGAAGAGGGACCUGUACAACAAGGGCGGCGAGCAGGCCAUCAAGGAGGGCGGAUCGGGAGGCGGCUUCGGGUCCCCCAUGGAUAUUUUCGACAUGUUCUUCGGCGGCGGUGGGAGGAUGCAGAGGGAGAGGAGAGGCAAAAAUGUGGUCCAUCAGUUAUCAGUGAGUUUAGAAGAUAUGUACAAUGGUGCAACAAGAAAACUUGCACUGCAGAAGAAUGUUAUAUGUGACAAAUGUGAAGGUCGUGGUGGUAAGAAGGGUGCAGUAGAAUGCUGCCCGAACUGCAGAGGGACAGGCAUGCAAAUCAGAAUUCACCAGAUUGGGCCGGGCAUGGUGCAGCAAAUCCAGUCUGUGUGUAUGGAGUGCCAGGGGCAUGGAGAGCGCAUCAGCCCCAAGGACCGCUGCAAGAGCUGCAACGGCAGGAAAAUUGUUAGGGAGAAGAAAAUACUAGAAGUGCACAUUGACAAAGGAAUGAAGGAUGGUCAGAAAAUAACAUUCCAUGGUGAAGGGGACCAAGAGCCAGGACUAGAACCAGGGGAUAUUAUCAUCGUCUUGGAUCAAAAAGACCACUCUGUGUUUACGAGACGAGAUGAAGACCUUCUUCUGUCCAUGGAUAUACAACUGGUUGAAGCACUGUGUGGCUUUCAAAAGCCUAUCACAACGCUGGAUAAUAGAACUAUCAUUAUUACCUCCCAUCCUGGCCAGGUUGUGAAGCACGGGGAUAUUAAGUGUGUUUUAAAUGAAGGCAUGCCAAUUUAUCGCAGACCAUAUGAGAAAGGACGUCUCAUCAUAGAGUUCAGGGUGAACUUCCCAGAGAGUGGCUUCCUUUCCUCAGAUAAGCUGAUGUUACUUGAAAAACUGCUGCCUGCGAGACAGGAAAUAGAAGAAACUGAGGAAAUGGAGCAAGUGAACUUAGUGGACUUUGAUCCAUCUCAAAAAAGAAAACAUAUCUAUAAUGGGGAAGUCUAUGAAGAUGAUGAACACCACCCUAGAGGCGGUGUUCAAUGUCAGACCUCAUAGAAGGGCCAUCAGUAACUUGUGAUGCUCGUUUUGUAUACAUUAGUGGAUGAGUGAAGGACUACAAAGCAGUUGACCGUCACUUCCUGCUAUUCGUUGUUAUAACCAGCCAUAGUUGUUCCAUCUAAAAGCAUAAAGGAAAAAAAUAAACUAAUGAAACUGACUCUGCAACUUGUGUAAAGCUCCAGGAUGCACGCUCAAAUCAAAUUGAGCACACUUCACUUCUGCCUGAUGAUACAAGACAACUUUCUCACCUGCUAGUCUUUUCUUUCAAGCCUUGUAAUUCCUGUAUUUGUGCAAUUGCUGAGGCUUACACUAAGCUGCUGUGGUGAUCUUUUUGUGUAUUCUAAGUCUUAUACUCCAAAAUAUGCACAAGUGCAUAUAAGUCACGGUAAGACGUAGUUGCUAAGUUGUGUACCAGUUAGGAUAACAUGUUAAUGUGUGGGGUUUGCACUGGUGUUUGUCAAGUAGGGACUGACUCUUAACACAGCCACAUAGUACAUGAAGCUAACAAGGAUGUGGACAGUCUUUGUAAACCUAUUAAAGUCACAUGAUCUGUGAGUUCUCAA